CUCGACGUGAGCCGGAAGCGCUGGAGACGUGGUGCUCCACUCGGUUGUGUCGUCGCCGCAGGCUGGCCUCUGCUUCGUGGGUGUAACAUGGCCGGUGCCAAGUUUCAGUACGACGAGAGCGGCGGUACAUUCUUUUACUUCCUGCUAUCUUUUCUCGCGCUCGUGGUGAUCCCCUGCACCUACUACUUCUGGCCAAAGGAUGAGCGCGCAGCCGACGACAAGAAAGGCAGCGGCGGCCGGCGCAGCUGCCGCUGCCCGCAGUGUCUGGACAAGACCCGGCGUCUGCGCGUCAACCAGCCGUGGCGCCGCACCAAGCAGAACAUUAUCCGCGUCCUGCUCGUUCUUGGAUGGGUGGCCAUGGCCGCGACCGCUUACAAAGUGGCUCACCUGGAGCACGACUUCGUUAAGUGGGACCCGUACGAGAUCCUUGAGAUCGAUCCGUCGUCGUCGGAACGGGCCAUACGUAAAGCGUACCACAAACUCAGCUUGGUCUACCAUCCUGACAAGGACACCGGCGACGAGCAGAAGUUUAUGAUGAUUGCCAAGGCGUACGCGGCGCUCACCGACGAAGAGGCGCGCAAGAACUGGGAGACGUACGGCAACCCCGACGGGCCCGGGGCCACAUCGUUCGGCAUCGCCCUUCCGUCGUGGAUCGUCGAGAAGGAGAACUCGCUGUGGGUUCUGGGUUUGUACGCAGCCGUUUUCAUGAUAGCGCUCCCCGUUGCGGUCGGUGUCUGGUGGUACCGCUCGGCCAAGUACGGUGAAGACCAGGUCCUUCUGGACACUUCGCAUCUGUACCUGUACUUCAUCAACAAGUGUCACAUGCUCAUCUUGCGCCGUGUCAUUAUGGUUUUGGCAGCUUCCCUAGAAUUUGAAAAGAGUCACAACCCGGAGAUUGUGCUCCGCCCGACGGACGACGUGGAGAUCCCAGCCCUCAUCAAAAUGUUGCCCAACUUCAACGAAAAGAACCGCGAGCGGCCACUCUGCUACGAGUACAGCAUCAAGGCACGUGCCCUGCUGUACGCGCACAUGCUACGCAUACCUCUCAGCCCCGGUUUGGACGAGGACAGGUGCUACGUCCUCCGAAAGUGCCCCGCCCUGCUGGCCGAGUUCGUGCACUGCGCCUCGCAGCUCACAAUGCUCGGCCUGGCCGGUCGCAUUUCGAGAAUCCCCAGUCUGGAGACUCUGGAGUCGGCCAUGCGACUGAGCGCGCUCCUGGUGCAGGCCCAGUGGGAGCACAGCCAUCCAUUUCUCCAGCUUCCGCAUGUCACGGAGGAGCUGCUUAAACACCUCAGUGGCAAGCGCAGGUCCAUCAGGAGCCUACACCAAUUGUGUGCACUUCCGGCUGCCGACAGGCGGGCUCUGUUCCGAAACCUCAGCGAUGCUCAGUAUGAGGACGUCCUUACUUGCCUCGAGAACUUGCCUCUCAUUGUGCUCAGCGUGAGCACAGAAGUGUUGGAUGACGAGGACGAAGGUGUCAUCACAGCCGAGUCGAUUGUGACAGUCACGGCAACACUGACCAGGAGGCCCCUGCUAUCUAAUGCGAAAGAGGAAGCCGCACAGCCAGAGGCAGAGGAGGCAUCUGGUGCAGAAGAAGCGGAGGCUGCAGCUGGUGAUCUCAAGGACAACUCGCCUCAGGUACGAAGCACUGCUAAUAACAAGCACAAAGGCUGGGACAAGUCCCGUAAAAAGAAAGGAGCAAAGGGGGGAAAAGGAAAGAAGAAAAAUGCCGCACAGAACAAAGGCAAGAAGCAGCAAGCAGUGGUGACAGAAACAAAGGAAGAGGCACAGCCUCAGCCGGUACGAGACGAAGAACAGCAUGAGGCAGGUGACGUGGAUGAAGACAGCGACUCUGAUGACAGUGACGAUGAAAGGCACAGCGAGAAGCAGUCAAGCCGACGAAACAGUGCAGCCAACCGGAACUCUUCGGCAGCAGCAGCAGAGGAGGAUGAUGACUGGCAGAGCAUCCAGCACAAGGUCUCCAAAAAGGACAAGAACCUUGAGAAAAAGUCCCGACAGUCGCACAGUGUCCACUGCCCACUGUUCCCUGAUGACAAACAGGAGUUCUGGUGGGUGUACCUAGUUGACAAGAAGCAGAGGAGCCUAUCUACUGUGCCCUUCCUGGUAACUAACUUGGUUGACUCGGAGGAGGUGGUUCUCAAGUUCACAGCUCCGUCACGACCAGGGAUCUACCAUUACACACUUCAUGUGCGCAGUGACUCGUACCGUGACCUGGACGUCAUGCACAACCUCCGGCUCGAUGUGAAGCCUGCACAAAAGGUGCAAGAAACACACCCACAGUGGGACAUCUCGGAAGAUGAGGAGGACAGGGCCGACGAAGAAGACAGUGCAGUGGAGGACUCAGACCUGGCAGCAAGUGAGGGUUCCGACGACGACUGAGGCAGCCCAAGUGACGACACUCAUGGACCACUAGUGGUGAUUUGCCUUUCCAGGGACAGCUUGCACUUGUGUUGUCAAUCACGCGAUUGUUUCUUUCUGUUAAGCUGCUGGUGUCCUAAAAUACUGUGUGUACUUGAUGGAGCCAGAAGCUUUGCGUCAGAAGGAACUGCAGUGGCAGCAGCUUUUGGCCAAAUAUCUUGCUGCACUGUCAGGUGUGAGAAACUAUGGACAUGUCAGGCACAUGCUCUCAAGACGAAGGCCUUUGGUACAAUGACAAGCUUUGGCGUGGGUUUCUUGUUGUGAAUUUCUUUUAUAAAUGCGAAGUCCAGCUUUUGUUUUAAUUCGUGCAAGUAUUCUUCCCUGGUGGUGGCAUUACUUGCUGCUCUAGAUCAACUGUAUUGGGACAAGGAAGAAAGGGUGGGUAGGUUAUUGCCGAGCGGUGAAACUAAUUAUGUACAUGUCAUUAAGCUACAGAAGCAGCUUUGAUCUCUGCCCAGUCAGUUAGCAGUGAAGAGUCCGUGGCAAAGGUGGCUACAAGGGUUGGGGGCAGGGGAAGAAUACAUUUUGAGGCAUUUUAAGGUAGUGCUGCGACGACGCUCUAAACGGGACUUUCAUGAACGAACCGUCGGCAUUAUUUUUCUAUUAAAAGUCGUUUUUCAAAGUGUC